AUUCCAAGCCAACCCAGCUGAAGGGGAGGUUUGCUUGCUAUCGCUUGAUUUCCUUUCGUUUCUUCCCGUGUGCCUCGAGGCCGACGGUCGAGGCGGGAUUGCGCAGGCCGAGGUGCGUAGACUGCGUAGCCCAGCCAGGGAGGCCGGAGUUCGUAAAUCUAGCGUCCCUUGCAAGACUCUCGAAGAACGUAGCGCGUGGAUGAUCGCUUCGAUUUUCCAUUUUUCCCCUAAUUGGCUCAGCAUCUUACAUUCGUUCUUUCCUCCCGAGAGAGCCCUGCCUCCGUUUUUCGUGUGCACUUGCUCUCCUCCCCGAGAAUCUCAAUCAUCCCCCCGGUCAAGAAUCGGUAGCCACAGGGAGAGCCUGUUCAAGAGUUUUCCUGCCUGCUAGCUUGGCGGGGCCACGCUCGGGGCUUCUGUUGUCAUGUGUCCUCAACGAAGCGAAAACGUCAGUUUGCAUGCACUAACUCCAUCUUUCUUCCGUUUUUGCAAACUUUUUUUACCCACCUUUUUUUAAGCUGGUUGACGUCGUGUGCCAGCCGCACCUUAAGCCCCGCUUCUAGCCCCUGUCCCGGGCGCUCUCGACCGCUGGUUGGCCCCGGGCCUUCCAGGUAGUACAUCUCCAACGGAGGCUUGUACCAGGAGAAUUUAGUUACGUUUUUGUUCAAAAUGGCGAUUCUGCGGUCAGGGAUCGCCGUGGCGACACUCUGUGUCGCCCUGGGUUUCACUUCCCAAAGAGGCGUUGUAGCAGAAACAUGCCCUGCCAGGUUCACUGCCUGGACGUACUGCGGCGGCCAAAACGCCAUGCAGGAACGCCACAACGUCGCUUGCGCGAACAUCGUUGAGUCUCGCGAAUGCGAAAAGCCACAGUCAUGCGGUGACUUCACCGAAUGGGUCCCGAGCGUCGCGAACUGCCGUGAAGGCCAGAUGCAACAGCGCCACCGUGAGGGUUGCGAAAACCACGUCGAACGCCGCAUGUGCACCAGCCCAGAAUGCGUCGGCAAGUGGACCGAAUGGACAUACUGCAACUCCAAGGGCAUUCAGCAACGCCACAACGCGAGCUGCCAUGUUGUCGAAAUCCGCGGGUGUGGCGAUGUCCCAGAAGGCUGCGGCGAGUUCGGGCCGUGGUCUCCGCCACUCGACGAUUUCAACAACUGCAAGCACGGCGUGGUGUACCGCCGCAAGCGUGAAGGGUGCGACCUUGAAGAAGUUCGCAUGUGCCCCAAGUUCGACUGCAGCGCAUGCUCACCGAAUGCAGACUGCAACAAGGCCGACUCGGUGUGCACAUGCCGCGAGGGCUACGAGGGCGACGGUCUGACCUGCGAGCCUGUGAACCCAUGCAAGAACCACAACUGCUCAGAGCAUGCAGUCUGCUUCGCCGACGGUCUCCAGGCGAAGUGCAGAUGCGAGAAGGGGUACGACGGCAAGGAAGGUGCAGGCACCCAGGACGACCCCUGCAUCGACCGCGACGAAUGCGCCACCAACACGCACCAGUGCCCAGCUCACUCGACAUGUCGCAACACCGAGGGUAGCUACGACUGCGACUGCAAGACAGGCUACGCCAUGUCCGAGACUGGCAGCUGCGAAGACGUCAACGAGUGCGCCACCGAAAACUCCUGCCCCGAGAACUCGUCUUGCGUCAACACCGCCGGUUCGUUCGAGUGCGUCUGUAACGAGGGCUUCCGCAUGAAUGCCGAAACGCAGCAGUGUGAAGACAUCGACGAGUGCGCAGAGGAAGGCGGCUGCAGUGCCAACGCCACCUGCACCAACAGCGUGGGCAGCUACAGCUGCUCCUGCCCCGAGGGUUACAAGGGUGAGGGAACUCGAGAUUCCCCUUGCAACAAGAUCGACUACUGUGGCGAGGGUCUGCACGACUGCGGUGAGCACGCGACCUGCCGGAAUGAGGCUGUCGGCUUCACCUGCAUCUGCGACGCCGGCUACACGGGACUUGGCAAGGUCAGCAGCCCGUGUGUAGACAUUGACGAGUGCGACAGGGAACACCCUACGCACGAUUGCGACAGCAACGCCACCUGCACCAACACCGAGGGCUCCUUCACCUGCGCUUGCAACACCGGGUACACGGGCGAAGGCCGCGGCGCCGACACCUGCACAGAGAUCGACGAGUGCGCCGAUGGCACUGCCAACUGCGCCGCCGAAGCCACAUGCACGAACACACCUGGCUCGUUCAAGUGUACCUGUCUGGAGGGCUACUCCGGCGACGGCUUCACGUGCUCCGACAACGACGAGUGCCAGCAAGAACCUGCGCCGUGCCACCAGUCUGCAACUUGCCAGAACACCCCCGGCAGCUUCACUUGCGCGUGCAACGCCGGCUUCCGCGGCGACGGCCAUACCUGCGGCGACAUCGACGAGUGCGCGGAAGACCCAAAUGCAUGCGGUGCACACGCAGUGUGUCGCAACACCGUCGGCAGCUUCUCUUGCAACUGCGAGGAGGGGUACGGCAACCUCGACGAACACCGCGCUUGCCACGAUAUCAAUGAAUGUGAGGCCGAGCCCGAGAGGAUCCCGCCGAACGCGACAUGCGUGAACACCGACGGUUCCUUCGAGUGGUCUUGCAACGCCGGCUACGAACAUGUCGGCUCCCAGUGCCAGAAAAUCAACUUCUGCGCUCGCGGCUUCUGCUCGCCGCACGCCAGCUGCCAGGAAGUGAGUAACGGCACCAGCUACGAGUGUACCUGCCAGCCCGGCUACGUCGGCGACGGUGUCGGCCCUGAGGGUUGCGCGGACCGGGACGAGUGUCAGACGGAGAACCACUGCUCGACGGACGAGAACGGUGGCAUCUGCACCAACACUGAAGGGAGCUACACAUGCAGCUGCAAGGAAGGGUACAGACAACUCGCGGACGGCACCUGCGAGGACAUCGACGAAUGCGCCAGCGGCCACGAAUGCCACGAAAGCGCAACAUGCCACAACACUGCCGGGUCAUACACGUGCUCCUGCAACCCCGGCUUCAGCGGCGACGGCCACGAGUGCGCGGACAUCAACGAGUGCGAGACGAACGCGCAUGACUGCGGGAGCCACACGACCUGCGAGAACACAGUUGGCAGCUUUGUGUGCAACUGCAAAGAGGGCUUCGUCCACUCCGACGAGAAGACCUGCCGUGACGUCGACGAGUGCGCGGAGAACAAGCACGACUGCUCAGUCCACGCGACGUGCAACAACACCGAGGGCUCGUUCGAGUGCAGCUGCAAGGCAGGCUUCGAGGGCAACGGCAAGGAGUGCAGCGACAUCCAGUUCUGCUCCGCCGGUCGCAGUGACUGCGCGGCGAACGCUGACUGUGCCGAGAACGAGGCCGGCACCGACUACGCUUGCUCUUGCCACGCUGGAUACAGAGGCAGCGGUCACACGAGCAAGGGCGCAGCCGACGGGUGCGUUGACAUCGACGAGUGUACCGAGGGCGUCGACACCUGCCCCCGCCAAGGAGGCCGAUGCGUAAACACCCCGGGGUCCUACAGAUGCGAAUGUGAAGAGGGAUACACCUACACCACGAAAGAGGACGGUACUGUUGAGUGCGUGGAUAUCAACGAGUGUGGCGUAUCAGAGAUGAACACCUGCGCCUCGAAGGCGAAUGGCGGCGUCUGCACCAACACCAUGGGGUCGUACACCUGCUCUUGCCUCCCGGGCUACACACCGUCUGAUGACGGGCGCGUCUGCACAGACAUCGACGAAUGCGCGACUGAGAACGGCGGCUGCUCAGAGCACUCGCAAUGUCGCAACCUCCCCGGCAGCUACGAAUGCGUCUGCGACGCUGGCUACGAGAAGGUCGAGGGCUCGGAGCACCUCUGCCAAGACAUCGACGAGUGCGCUGCCGGAACUGCAACCAUCCCCAACAACAGCAACUGUGUGAACACUGCAGGGAGCUACGAGUUUGCAUGCAAGCCCGGCUUCGAGCACAAGGAUAACGCCUGCUCGAAGAUCGACUACUGCGGCCGGGGCGGCUGCAACUCUCUGGCGACUUGCGAGGAAACCGCUGAUGGCACCGACUACGUCUGCACAUGUCCCAAGGGAUUCGUCACUCAAAAUGAAGGCCGUGGGGCUGACGGAUGCACAGACGUCGAUGAGUGCGCGGAGAACGGAUGCGCAGCCUAUGGCAGCGAGGGGGUCAUUUGUGAGAACACUCCCGGCAGCUUCAACUGCUCUUGCGCCAACGGCUACCUCCUGAACAACGGCGUCUGCGAAGAAAUCGACGAAUGCGCGGGCUCCAGCUCGAACACCUGCGCUGACGAAGGAGGCAUUUGCACCAACACCCCCGGAUCGUACACUUGCAGCUGCAAGCCUGGAUACGACCAGCAGGGCCACGACUGUGUGGACAUCAACGAAUGCACCACCCAAGAGCCUUGCGGCGACAACGCGGAUUGCGAGAAUACCUCUGGCUCGUACAUCUGCAAAUGCAAGGCCGGUUUCGAGAUGAGGGACAACCAAUGCGUUGACAUCGACGAGUGUGCGACCAACACCAACGAGUGCCACAACCACAGAGGCCGUUGCAUCAACACCCACGGAUCGUACACCUGCGAGUGCAUUGCCGGAUUCAUUGGUGAUGGCAAGAUUUGCAUCAACAAGAACGAGUGCCAGAGCGGCGACUUCGAGUGCGGGCCAAACUCUCACUGCGUCGACACCGAAGGUUCGUACAAGUGCGACUGCAACAGUGGCUACAAGCAGGAUCCGGAGAACCCAGACAGCUGCAUCGACAGGGACGAAUGCGAGAUCGAGGGUGCCUGCGACGAGAAUGCGGACUGCACCAACUUGCCGGGAAGCUUCAGCUGCACUUGCCGCGCUGGCUACCGCCAGGAAGGAGAGCUUUGCGUGAAGAUGAACCUCUGCGCAGACGAUGAGAACGGCGGCUGCUCACCCCACGCGGACUGCGAGCACCUCGACAAGAUCGUCUGCACUUGCAGACCUGGCUACGAAGGCGACGGCAUCACCUGCACGGACAUCGACGAGUGCGCCCUGAAUACCGACAACUGCGACUCGCACGCCACUUGCGAGAACACCGACGGCAGCUACCACUGCGCCUGCGGCUCGGGCUUCACCGGCGACGGCUUCACCUGCGAGGACAUCAAUGAAUGCGAGACCGGCGAGCACGAGUGCGACUCGAACGCGACCUGUGAGAACAUCGUCGGCUCCUACAGCUGCCACUGCCCCACGGGCUUCGCCGGCGACGGCAGGAGUUGCUCGCCCGUUGAAGUCGUGCCUGGCCAGGAAUCUUGCAACCACUGGAGUGCAUUCACUCGCUGCGAUCCCGAGACUCACCUCAGCAGCCGCUACUGUGUGGACCUCCCAGACAAGGUUGAGUCGAUCACCUGCGAAGUCGGCUCCCUGCCCCAGCCCCCGACUGUCGCCCCCGGCGAGGGUGGUGAGGAAGACGGCAACGCAUGCGGACCGUGGGGUCCGUGGAGCCCGUGUCCCGGCGAAGGAAACAACAUGAGCACCCGCCGGAGAGAAGACACCGAGAGCGAGGCGUGCGUCAACCAAGUCGAAACCAUGGAGUGCCCAACUCAGGCUGGGCAAGCAUGCGGCAACUAUGGUGCCUUCUCCGACUGUGGAGUGCCUCUUCGCGGCUUCGCCAUGGCCUUCCCCGAGAACUGCCCAGAGCUCGUGGCCUUCGCCGCCUGCGAUGCUCCCGCGCCUCCCCAAGAGGACCGCUGCCAUUCUUUCUCGGCCUGGUCCAAGUGCACACACAUACCCGGCACUACUCUGUACGAGCAGACGCGCUCCUGCGAUGGCAUGGAUUUGACCGAGUCCCGCUUCUGCACUCCCGACGAUGAGGUCGGCUCGGACGUUUCCACUGACGUCGCUUCCGAAUGCGGUUCCCUCGGCGAGUUCGGCGAGUGUGUGAACGGCCUUCAGGAGAGAAGCUACUCGGACUGCCCCGAUCAUAAAGAAGUCCGUCAGUGCUCUGACGAAUCCUGCUCUGCCUUCGGCGAGUGGUCACCCUGCGGGGAACCCCAGCAAGGCCUGCGUAUCCGCAAGAGACGUGCAUGCGACAACGUGCACUGCGCCUGUGUCGAGGCCGAGGUCUGCGGCGAUGCCACCCCAGAGAUUGAGGAGGAAGAAGGCGAACAUUUCCCCCCUGAAGAAGGCGAGGUCUUGCCUCCAUAUGAAGAGGGUCCUGGUGAGGGUGAGCUUCUUCCUCCCGAGGAGGAGAUCCCUGAAGGAGAACAUGUUCCUGAGGAGGAAAUCCCUGAAGGAGAACAUGUUCCUGAGGAGGAAAUCCCUGAAGGAGAACAUAUUCCUGAAGAGCUCCCAGAAGGCGAGCAUGUUCCUGAGGAGGAAAUCCCUGAAGGAGAACAUGUUCCUGAGGAGGAAAUCCCUGAAGGAGAACAUAUUCCUGAAGAGCUCCCAGAAGGCGAGCAUGUUCCUGAGGAGGAAAUCCCUGAAGGAGAACAUGUUCCUGAAGAGGAAAUCCCUGAAGGAGAGCAUAUUCCUGAGGAGCUCCCUGAAGGAGAGCAUGUUCCUGAAGAAUUCCCUGAAGGAGAGCAUAUUCCUGAGGAGCUCCCUGAAGGCGAGCAUAUUCCUGAAGAGUUCCCUGAAGGAGAGCAUAUUCCUGAGGAGCUCCCUGAAGGCGAGCAUGUUCCUGAGGAGGAGAUCCCUGAAGGAGAGCAUAUUCCUGAAGAGUUCCCAGAAGGCGAGCAUGUUCCUGAGGAGGAAAUCCCUGAAGGAGAACAUAUUCCUGAGGAGGAGUUCCCUGAAGGAGAGCAUGUUCCUGAGGAGGAGAUCCCUGAAGGAGAGCAUGUUCCUGAGGAGGAGCUCCCUGGAGGAGAACUUAUUCCUGAGGAGGAAAUCCCUGAAGGAGAGCAUAUUCCUGAAGAGCUCCCUGAAGGAGAGCAUGUUCCUGAGGAGGAGAUCCCUGAAGGAGAACAUGUUCCUGAAGAGGAAAUCCCAGAAGGCGAGCAUGUUCCUGAGGAGGAGAUCCCUGAAGGAGAACAUGCUCCAGAGGAAGAGACUCCUGCACCUGAGGAGACCGAAAAGGAGGAGGAAGAAGGCGUUCCAGUCGCAGCGAUUGCCGGUGGUGUCGUCGGAGGUGUGUUGCUCAUUGCUGGUGGUGCAGGUGCUGCCGUGUACGCAUCCCAAGGUGGCGUUGAAGCAGCUGAAGACGAAGUGAUGUUUGAGAGCGAAGAAGACGGAACCCAGGCUGGCGAGAACCGCGAGAGCGAGACGGUCAUUGAGAUCGAAGAUGACGCAUGGGCAGACAUGGACUAAAGUAGACUAGUAGUCUGUGUGGGCACAUGCAGGCGUGCGACAAAACCGUGAUCGCGAGGUAUUCUGUGUUACGGGCGGAGCGUCUGCGGCUGUCCUUCGAAGGGGAGGCGGCGUGACACUCUGAGCUAGGUACCAGACGAACGCAGCCAUUUGUGUCCGUCCGCUCUUUCUUGAUCACGUGCCAUUUUAUUUUACGUUUUCCACUGGUGUAUCUUUUCCAGCAGCUUAUAUAUAGGCUGCCGCAGCUUCGUGUGUCACAAGCCGCUGUAGACAGUAAGCCUACUGCGGCCUCCUUGUGGAAAGCCGUUUUCCCCAGAGUUUCCUGUUUUCCUUCCCUCCGCGUGCCAUCUUGUUUUUCGCCCGCGCGGAUGUGUUAAUGCGAUAAAUAACUAAUGAAGCAAGGUUAUGAACAGCUUCGUGAGCUAUAUUCCCAGCCUCCGGCACUGCUUUCCUGUUGUCAACAAAGCGGCGCCACCUGGCCUUCGGCCCGCUUUAAAUUUAAACCGUAACUAAGCC